AUGACAGACAUUUCAAAAACUUUAGAUACUGCGCUGGCCUCGGAUUCUUUUUGGGAAUCAAUUAACAUUUUAUUAUCAAAACCUCAUGUAAUUAAUAGGAGGUUAUGGGGCAGCAAAAUAUGGUUCAAAAAUCCUUGUAAACCUAAAAGUACUCCAUUUAUCAUGCCAGCAAUUUUACAUCAACUAAAUGGUCUUGUUACUACUGACAAUGUUGAACAAUAUAAAAUUCAAAUACUCAAUGAACUGAAUGUUGAAAAUGUAUUGAGUAAUACCACUGAUGAUGAAGUUCAAGUUGAAGUACUUCUAAUGGAAUUGCUUCCUAAAAAUUAUUCUGAUAAACAAGCAUACCAAGUUGGCUGCUUAUGGAAGGAUAAACCUUCAAUAACUUUCUAUGAUGUUACACCUUCCAACCAGGAACAAAAGUUAUGCCCAGAUUUUUCAUACACUAUACACCUAAAUAACAGCCACAUUCUACUUACAGCUAAAACGGAUGAAAAUUCCAAGUCGUUUAAAUGGCUUAGCAAUACUUUGCUUCCUCAGCUUAUCAAAUGGGGAACCGAGUCAAAAAGCCACAGCACCAAGACUAACAUGUGCAAUGAAUCCUUAUCACUGGUGUCCCAAACUAAAUAUUAUGAGAAGUAUAACGAUUUGAAGGUGAAAUAUGGUAAAGAAAUGGUUAAGAUUUGGCCAGAAUGUACAGAUGCUUCAAAGUUUGUAUAUGAAGAUGUUGCAAUAGCAGCUUACCUUUUACUGCUCUGGGAGAGAGAUGAACCUAACAAAAGCAUAUCAUUUGUAGACUUAGGAUGUGGGAACGGGUUAUUGGUAUACAUACUCACCCAAGAAGGUCAUACUGGUAUAGGCAUAGAUGUCCGAAAAAGAAAUAUUUGGGAUAUGUAUCCUCCUGGAGUUGUAUUACAGGAAAAAACUAUUACACCUACAGAUACAUCAUUAUUUCCUGACAUAGACUGGAUUAUUGGAAACCACUCUGAUGAGCUUACACCAUGGAUACCAGUUAUAGCAGCUAGGAGUUCAUAUAAAUGCAAUUUUUUUCUACUUCCAUGUUGUGCAUACAAUUUUGAUGGAAGCAAAUAUCAGCGCAAAAAUUCAUAUAAAAGUCAAUACAAUGAUUAUUUAGACUACAUAAGACAGUUAUGUGUUACAUGUGGCUUUAAUAUAGACACCGAUAGACUAAAGAUUCCUAGUACUAAAAGAAUAUGUUUUGUUAGUAAUAAUAGGAUAUAUCUAGAAGAAGAACAUACACAGUACAGCAAUACAAUAGAUGAUUUAAUAAAUAAGGAUUCUACGAAUACAUUACAAAAUAUAGAAAAAGAAUUUAAAGCCCGAGAACCAGUGGAGAGAGUAAAGAAUUGUACACAAAUAGACAAGUCUAUUGUAAAUUCCAUAGUUGACUGUAUAAGUAAAUACCUGCUCGAGGGUUGCUUAGAGUCAGAAACCACCUGGUCGAAAGGAAAGACUGCAGAAUUUAGUGAAUUGAUACAUCUUAUACCUAAAGAACAGCUAAGUAUAUUGAAAUCUGAAUGUGGAGGUAUACAAACACUACUUAAGAAUAACCAUAAUAUAUUUGAAGUGCAAUCUGGUAGGGUUGGGUUAAGAUAUCCAAAAACUAUAAACGAAGUUAACCUUGGUACCAGAAAAAGAAAAUUUAAUAAACAAACAACUAUAAAAGUGCAGCAGAAACCAUGCUGGUUUUAUAAUAAUCAUCCACAAGGUUGCCCAUUAAGUGAUUCAACUUGUAGUUUUCUGCAUGUAAAAAAGAAUAAAUAA